CACUUUGCUUAACGUUCAGUAAUGAUAAUAAGGGGGAAAAAACAAACUUAAUACUACUGCAAUAUUGGGGGGAGGAUGUUGUUUGUUUUCUUUUUUAGAAAAACCCAAAUUUCAUACAGGUAGGAAGAGGAAGGGAGGAGCUCAUCCAUCAGCCUGGUUACUAGGCAGUGUAGUUAGCUGAUUGCCACCAGUACCAAUCACUAACCACACAGCCAGGUGAAAAGGCUGGGGAGGAACCCGGGGGGGCACACAGGAAUUCAUCGUGCCCAAGGACAUCCCCAGCACUUCUGAGCAAAGCAAGUCUUUUCUUCUUCCCAAAAUUCCUAGAUGUGGGCUGUGCUCAUCUCAGCCUUGGGCUCGCCAGACUUCGCGUCCGCCUUCCCGUGUUGAAGAAAUGUCAUUCAGCCCCAAAUUUAAUCAAAACAAAUGUUUUUAUCAUCAGUCCGAACAGCAGGGCCUGGCACUCAGGCUGUGGGGCGGGAUUGGAGCCACCAGAUGGAGAGGGGCCAUCAGAGCACAGCCCCACACUGGCCCACAGAGCCUGACGAGCCCCUCGUCUUUGCUGGAUCGAGCCCAGCUGAUGUGGAGUUUGCCCGCAUCUUCUGGAGCACAGCCGUGCUGCCGCCGCUCUUUGAGCCCUGCCUGUGUCCCACCAACCUGUGCCGUGAGGGACCUUCGUCCCCUGGGCAGAUCCCAGCCCACAGAUGGACCCCAUCAGCAGCUCAUGGCGUGCAGGAAGCUGAAGCAAAAGACAAACGCCGUCGGCAGGCCAAGAAGAAAGAAGAAAUACUGGCUUUGCUGAGGAAACAGAGAGAAGAAAGAAUUGCGAAAGAGCUGAUUUCUCGUCCACAUAAACCAAAGAUGAAAAGUGAUCAAGUAAGCAGGCAGAAGGCGUUUGAAGCAGAGCGUGAGGAUCAAGAAGCAGUGAAGGCCCUCAGAUAAUUCAGCCCAAGUCUGGAGGUGACAACCUGCACCGCUCAGGCUGCGUACAUCCCUGCUUUGGUCACAUCUCUUGUUCACACUGAGACACAGCACGACUGACAGCAGCUUCUCAACGUAGCCCAAACGUCCCCGUGCUGCUGAUGAACACUUAGUUUGGAAAACUUACUGAGCUGCGGUGCCCUUUGUGCUGGUGGUGGUUUUGGAAGCCCUCUCCAUUGCUCCCAUGUCAGGACCACUUUGUGUCCUACAGCACUUUGUUCCCAGUUGGGUUCUUCUAUUGCAAGAGACCAAAUGCCAUUAGCAGAAUGUGUACCCACCACUGAUUGCAGAAAACAUCAUGCUGCUGCUUGCCAUGGAUGUACUCCAAUGUUUUUUCCUUCUGAGCCAGUACAGAAAUGUUUUCCAAUGGGUUCAGCAGACGUAGAUGAUUUCCUUUGUGUUGGGUGCUGUUCUGAGAACUCCUGAUGUAGGUGGAGCUUUAAGACCAUGUCAGAGGCUCACAUUCAGCCCUAAACCCAGGCCGUGUCAGUUCAGGUGCUCAGUUAUUCCUUGUAUUCAAGGCAUUUCCAUAUGAUAAUAGUAAUGGUGAAAAUGGGACAUCUUCAUGGAUAUGCCAUGCUUUGAAGUGUUCUUGCCUUGCCUUGCCUUGCCUUGCCUUGCCUUGCCUUGCCUUGCCUUGCCUUGCCUUGCCUUGCCUUGCCUUGCCUUGCCUUGCCUUGCCUUGCCUUGCCUUGCCUUGCCUUGCCUUGCCUUGCCUUGCCUUGCCUUGCCUUGCCUUGCCUUGCCUUGCCUUGCCUUGCCUUCCCUUCCCUUCCCUUCCCUUCCCUUCCCUUCCCUUCCCUUCCCUUCCCUUCCCUUCCCUUCCCUUCCCUUCCCUUCCCUUCCCUU